AUGGCGUCGGCCACCGGCUUCAUCCAGUGGCUCCGGAAUUCAGCCUCCGGGCGUAAUCUCCAAGCUAAGUUGCAGUUACAUUACCAGGAGAUCCCUAAAAGAACUCAGCCACCUCCUAAGCUGCCAGUGGGCCCUAGCCAUAAGUUUUCAAACAAUUACUAUUGUACUCAUGAUGGACGUCGGCAAGCUUCUCCUCCUUCAAUCGUAAUGACCACUGUGAAAGUUUUGGAGACUAGUCUUCUUGGUAAGAGCUCAGUUGAGACUAUGACAACAUCUGGGAAAAAGCCAGCGAUACCAGGACCCCCCAUGAAAAAGUGGGAAUUGUCAAAGGAUGAACCAUAUUUGUGAAAUGGACAUGGGAAGAUGGAUAUACAGAUGCUGAGAGAUUGUUUUUAGGGGACUGACUUGAAGGC